UAAUCGGGGAUUAAUAUUUAUUAAUGAACGAUGAAUCAGGAUUCAUUCCUCGCUUGGUUUCUCGCGUGUUAAAAAAAUUUGACGGGGUUCUAAUUCAUCGUGAAAAUUUAAUUUGGAACUUGAACAUCGCUGUCGGUGACUCGUCGCUGUCGUCCUUUCUCCUCACCCUCCCACCGUUUCGGCUGGUCGUACGGCCCUGGGCGCUCUCGUGAGAGGUGGGGAACCCGUCAUCUCCGAUUCCGACGUAGCGUGGUUUGUCCGACGGCAAGGUGUUCGCAUCAACGGGCCGUGUGUUCUGUCGCAGUUUCGGCAAUUCGGCGUACUGGGCGCGCAAAGAAAAAGGUGAUCCGAACAUCCAACGAGAGCUAUCAAUCGAGAAGGGCACCUUGUUCACCCUUCGAAUCAUCGACGUCGUCGUGUGUGACGAAGGGCGCACGCCGACGUCCCUCUCUUUCUUUCUCCCUCUCUGUCUGUCUCCUUUCGUGUAAUAUACCUGUCCCCGUCUCCGCCGGAAGAUGUUGGGCCUGAUUUGCCGUCAGACAUUGUUGACGAAUACCCAAAAAGUCAGCACCAGAUGCUUGGGAUCGAUAGUUCCGGUGUCGCAUCCGCCAGAUUUUCCGCUGGAGAAUGAGCCGAUUCUUAGUUACAAGAAGGGCAGUCCAGAAAGAGCGGAGCUGGAGAAAGUCUUGGAUAAGAUGAGCAACGAAUGCGAGGAAGUGCCAUUAGUCAUCGGAGACGAGGAGAUUAAGACCGAUUUAUGCAAACAUCAAGUCAUGCCGCAUAAUCACAAGGAAGUAGUCGCUAAGUAUUACUGGGCGACGCCGGAGCUCGUGAAGAAGGCGAUCAACGUCGCGGUGAAGGCGCAGCGAGAAUGGGAGAAAUGGCCAAUCGAGAAGCGGUUAGAGAUGUGGUUGAGGAUAGCAGAUUUGAUGGCGACCAAGUACAGGCAACAUCUUAACGCUUCCACCAUGAUCGGUCAGAGUAAAACCGUGAUCCAAGCAGAGAUCGACAGCGCGGCGGAGCUGAUCGACUUUUUCAAAAUGCAUGCGUAUUUCGUAAAGGAGAGCCUCAAGUACCAGCCAAUUUCACCAACUCAGCAGAUCCUCAACUCGAUGAGGUAUCGCGGUAUGGACGGUUUCGUAGCGGCUGUGUCGCCCUUCAACUUCACCGCAAUUGGCGGUAAUCUCAGCUAUACGCCGGCACUGAUGGGUAACGCCGUACUCUGGAAGCCAUCCGACACCGCGUUAUUAUCCAACUGGUGGAUCUUUAAGAUAUGCAGAGAGGCCGGGGUGCCGCCCGGCGUGGUGAAUUUUGUUCCUUGCGAAGGACCUGUGUUCGGCGAUACCAUCACGUCCUCGCCUCAUCUCUCCGGACUCAACUUCACUGGCUCGGUGCCGACAUUUAAUCGUCUAUGGGCCCAGAUUGGUCAAAAUCUUUCCAAAUACAGGAACUACCCGAAAUUAGUCGGUGAGUGUGGCGGCAAGAAUUAUCACUUUAUCCACUCGAGUGCUGAUGUGGAAUCGGUUGUUUACGCGACGAUAAGAAGCGCAUUCGAAUUCAAUGGACAGAAGUGUUCCGCUUGCAGUAGAAUGUAUGUACCAGAAUCUCUAUGGGGCAAGAUAAAAGAUGGCCUCUUAGCUCUUCGUCAGGAACUCACAAUCGGUGAUAUUCGAGACUUCACUGUAUUCACUGGCGCUGUUAUAGACGCCGUAGCGUUCAAACGAAUUUCCGGUUACAUCGAGUACGCGAAGAAAUCGCCCAAUUUGAAAAUUCUUGGCGGUGGAGGCUGCGAUGAUUCGUGCGGAUAUUUUAUCGAACCGACAAUAGUACAAUCCAAAGAUCCGAAAGAAAAACUCAUGACAGAGGAAAUAUUCGGUCCAGUGUUAACGAUAUACGUUUACAAAGAUUCCGAACUGAACGAGACGGUAAAACUGGUAGAAACAUCUACACCUUACGCCUUAACAGGCGCGAUAUUCGCACAAGAUGAAAAAUGGGCGAAGCAGGCACUUGAAGAUUUUAAAUAUACUGCCGGUAAUUUUUAUGUCAACGACAAAUCGACCGGUUCAGUGGUCGGUCAACAACCAUUCGGUGGCAGUCGAAUGUCCGGUACAAAUGACAAAGCCGGCGGUCCUCACUAUGCUCUUCGCUGGGCGUCCCCGCAGUCUAUUAAGGAGACCUUCGAGCCCAUACGAGAAUACGACUAUCCAUACAUGAGAUGCAUGGCGGACAAUGCUCCAGCCGCCCGUGGUGGUUUUCGUGGAGGUUUUGGCUCUCGUGGAGGUGACCGUGGAGGUCUAAGAGGCCGAGGUCGUGGUAGAGGCAGAGGACGUGGCCGUGGACGUGGAAAGGAAGACAGCAAAGAAUGGGUCCCUGUUACCAAGCUGGGUCGCUUGGUCAGAGAUGGCAAGAUCCAAUCUCUAGAGCAUAUUUACCUGUUUUCUUUACCCAUCAAGGAGUUUGAAAUCAUUGACAAAUUCCUUGGACCAGAUUUAAAAGAUGAGGUCUUGAAGAUCAUGCCAGUACAGAAACAGACGAGAGCAGGUCAACGCACACGUUUUAAGGCUUUUGUCGCCAUUGGGGACAGUAAUGGACAUAUCGGACUGGGAGUAAAAUGCUCCAAGGAGGUAGCCACUGCCAUUCGAGGUGCUAUCGUUUUGGCAAAACUCUCCGUUGUACCGGUUCGACGUGGUUACUGGGGCAACAAGAUCGGUAAGCCGCACACGGUGCCGUGCAAGGUGACCGGGAAAUGCGGUUCCGUACAAGUGCGCCUGAUACCAGCGCCUAGGGGUACCGGCAUCGUAUCUGCUCCAGUUCCCAAGAAGUUGCUUCAGAUGGCUGGUAUCGAAGACUGCUACACCUCGGCCAGGGGUUCCACCUGUACACUCGGCAACUUCGCCAAGGCUACGUACGCUGCAAUUGCUAAAACCUAUGCUUAUUUGACGCCCGACUUAUGGAAGGAACAAGCUCUUGCAAAGGCGCCGUACCAGGAAUUUGCCGAGUAUUUGUCUAAAACUCACAAAGGAGGCGCGAGGGCAGCUGAAGACUCCGAUUUCACACAGCGCUUAUCGCGCUCGCUUAUCGUCAUCGACCGCUGCUUCCGACAGCCACACGCCAGGAUGUUCAAGAAAUUCAAGGACAAGCUCGCGGAGGAGAUGAAGCAGUCACCUGCGAGGCUACAGGCGAGUGUGCAACAACUGGCGCAGGCAGUGGUAUCGCCGGCCUUGUCCAACAGCUCUAUUCAGGAAGUGUCGAAUGACAAUUUCAGUCUGACGGAGGAUGGAGACGAAACGCCAAAGAACACUCCAGUGAAGCACAGUUUCCAAAAUGUUGACCUGAUGUCGCCGUCUCCGAAUCGCAUGGAGAUCUCGAGAAGAUCUUCAAUGAGUAGUAUCACCAGUGACGCAUCCUCGUUAUUUCCAAUGUACGAGAGUCCUCCGAAUCUUUAUCAUUUACAGUCGGACAUGGAUCAGUCGGCUAGCGAAAUGGACGACAAUAUUAGUCCUCAUCUUGAUAGAGUUACGAAGGAUCAGUUAUAUUCCGCUUACAAAAAGGUGCAAACCAAAUAUCACAAGUAUCGCGGUAGAUAUACGGAUCUAGCUACACACUAUCGCGAAUUGGACAGAGUGAAAUCCAGGUUGGAAUCUGUAUUGGUUGAAACACAAGACAAGGUUCUAAGAAGAAUAACCGACCUAAAGGAGCAAUGUCAAUUAGAGCAACAAGCGAAAGCACAUUUAGAGGAUGUACUGAGGAAUGAUAUAGAAGAGAAAGAUCACAUCAUAAAUACAUUGAAUACAAAGAUAAAAUUGUUACAAUCAAGCGGACCAAUUUUAGACAAUUCGGUGUUGGAAGAGGCUCAACCAAAAGAGAGUUCUAAAGAAAACCUAAUCGAUUUGGCAAAUGAAUCGUCUAAUGACGAGACUAACGCGCUGUCGGUAGAAAAUACUCAGUUAAAGGAUAAAUUAAAAAAGCUGGAAAGUCUCGUUUUGAAGUACAAAGAAUCCUUAAAGCGUAAUAAGGAGAAAUUUUUGGAUGUGAUGAAGGAGAAGAAUACUUUGGAGAACGAUCACGAGGCGCUAAAGAAUUCCACUGCCGAGAGAAUCAGCGUCACGGAGAGUGAACUGAGUGCGGCGCGUAUCCAGAUUGAAAAACUGACUGAGCAAAUAGAUACUUUGCACAAACGCGAGGAAGAAUCGGCGAUUUCAUUAGCUGAGAAUAAACUUUCCGUACACAGAGAACUCGAGGAGAAAGAGGAACAAAUCAAGCAGCUGCGAAUCGACCUGAAAUAUGUGACGGAAGAUAAAGAAAAUUUAAACGAGGCAGUAGCGAAAUAUAAGGCCGAUUUGAGUGAAUUGAAAUCCUUGCACACUGAUUUGGAUAAAAAUGCGAUAGCAUCGAAAGAGAAAAUUGAAGUAAUAAAAUCUAUGCAACAAAUGGGAAUAAAACAUCACGAGGAAGUCGAUCAUAGUGAAAAGAUUAAAACAGAAGACGAGAAUAAACUAGACGAAGUAACGGUUCGUUUAAAGGAAAAAGAAAUCGAGUUACAAGAACUACAGGAUAAAUUGGACGAAAUGGAGAAACAAAAUAUAGAAUAUAAAUAUGAUAGGGAAUCUAUACAAAGUGAACUGCUUGCUUGGAAGACCACAUAUUCGGACCUGAGGGAGGAGUAUCAAGCACACAGGAUUAUUGCGGAAGAAAGACAAAAAGAUGCUGACUCGACAAUUGAGAAACUGCAAACGACAGUACAAAGCGUUGACAAAGAAUUGGAGAACAUGAAAAACGUAUUGAUCGAUAGGGAUCAGGUAUGCGAAAAUUAUAAUAAAAAGGUGCAACAAUACACGGGCAUGCUCGAAGAAGCUAAGAAUAAAUUAACCGAACAGAAAGCAGAAAUCAUAUCACUGAAUGAUAAAUUGGAAAAGUUUUCAGCGCUACAAGAAGAAUUGGAGAAUAAAAAAACCGAAUUAAGCGCGAUACAAAAUGAGUUCGAGCUUUGCAAAUCUACGAUCGAUGACUUUAAAAACAAGGUUCAGGCAGACAGUUCAGUUAUAAAUUUACUAAAAAAAGAGAGAAGCGAUUUUAUAAAUCGUCUUAUUUAUUAUAACGAUUGUAUACAUCGUUUAAAGCAGGAUUGUAUGGUUGUAAAAAAUGUCGUUGCAGAGGAAUUUUUAAAUCAAAAGACCAAAAUACUGGACAUGAGCGCGAUUCUUGCCACAUCUUUUACAAAACUCGAAGAAGAAAAUAUAACACUGAGGUCCGAAAUAGAUGAAUUGCGUUCGAAGAUAAAGGAUCAAGAACAGCUUAUACUCAAAGAGACAGACUUGCAAUCAGAAUUUGUGCAAAUUGUGAAUCACAAAUCUGUACUGGAAGCGGAAUUGAGGAAAAGUAACGAACGACUGAAAGAUAUGAUGCUGAAGAGUAACCAAUACGACGAACUUAAUACGACGAAUAACAAAUUAAUAGCCGAGAUCGAUAAUCUCAAUUUUAAAAUUCACGAUCUGGAAGCGGUAUCGCACAAAUUAAUGCAGUCACAACAAGAAGUUAAGAUUCUACGAGAACGGCUGAGGACAUUAGAGAACCUCGAAUCUGUAAAUCAUGCGUUGUCUGUCGAGAUUGACGAUUUAAGGGAAAAACAUGCGCAGGCCAGUCUUGCUUUUAAAAAGGUAGAUGAAUUGAACGCGAAGUUACAUGAGGCGACCGAAGUCAUUAAUUCGUUCAAAUCGGAAAACAGCAAUCAAGAUACGUUGCGAAAAGAGCUAUACGCCUCGAGAUUAGAAAUCGCUCGCUUGAAGGAAGAUCUGGCUGGAAAAGAAGAUGAAAUAAAAACUCGCGAUGAGAAACUAGCAAGCGAAGAGGAGCAUGUCGCCCAUUUAAAAUCCACAUGCGACAGUCAUAUACAGACAAUCGAGGAACACGUAAGGAAGUACCUAAACUUGGAAGCUGAGUAUCAAACGACGAGGGAGAAUCACGCGAAAGAAACUACUGAAUUAAUGGAGAAUAACAAGGUAUUGCAGGAAACGGUAAAUGUGAAACUCGUACAAUUGAAGAAGAUGAAAACUAUUAAAGAACGACAAAAUAAAACAAUUGAGGAGGUAAAAGCUGAGCUUGAUCAAUCAAAGACUCGGCAGGCAGAAUUAUCCAAAAUGUUGGAAACUUUCGAGAAACAGAUAGAGUCGCUGAAAUUAGAAAAUUCUCAACUUUUGGCGAUCACCUUGGAGAACAAAGAUCUGAAAGACCAACAAAACGAUCUCCUGAGUCGCAAUCAGAAGCUUUGCGAAAACGACAAGGCUCUGAAGCAGAAAAUCUCAGAUUACGAGAAGGAGAUUGAAGAAUUGCGGAAAACAGUGAAGGAUUACGUGGAAGCGUAUAAAUCUCAGCUCAAUAGUCAAAGCGAGAAGGCAGAACGUUUAAGCAACGAAUUAAGUAAUGUUAGCGCGCAAUUAGAACGUAAAGAUGCGGAAUUGAAUUCAUUAAAUGAGAGAUUAGUGAUGAGCGAAAAAGAAUCUCAAGAAAUCAAAGGAAAACUUGACGAGAGAGAUGUCGAGUUGAAGGACAAAAUUUCCGAGUUAGGUACAGCUAUGACAAACGGUAAUGUCAUGAAGGAAGAGAAUUCGCGGCUUUGCACAGAAUUAAGGACGCUAAGAGAUGAAGUUAAAAGAAUUAAAGACGUAGAAGAAAAGAAUAAAAAGCUGAAAUCAGAACUUAAUGAUUUAAUCCAAAAGAAUUCUGGUGCAGAAGCAAUACGUUCAGAGAACAACAUGUUGAUUGCCGAGCAAAAAACUUUUAAGAAAAAAAUUGCCGAGUUGGAAAGAGUAAAAUCUAGCAAUAUGCAGUUGCAAACUCAUGUAAAUAAUUUACAGUCUAAGAUAUCUAGUUUAGAGGCCCUGCGUAUGGAAAAUAGUAGACUGCAGUCGGAGAUUGAAGCUUUGCAGUCCGCGAAGAAUUCGUCGCCGGAAGUAGGCGCCUUAAAAGAUACAUUGACGGCGAAAGACGCGGAGAUAAAAUUAUUGGAAGAUAAAAUAUCCAAUAUGUCACAAGAGAUUGGGAAUUUAAAACGGUUUUCGCUUGAAAUCGAUGAAAGGAGGAAAGGUACAGACACACUGAGAAAUUCGCUCGCGUUAGCGGAAGAAAAGAUCACCGGUUUGCAGUCGGAAAUUAAUUCUCUCAUUCGGACAAACGAUGCGUUAAAGAAAGAAUUGGAAACUAUCCGUAACGACAAAGACGCGAAAGGCCAACUCAUCAGUGACACGUUGCGCGAGGAGAAUAAGAGAUUAGAGGCCCAGCUCGAUGAAGCGUUGAUUACAUUCCAAGCGAAAGAGACGCAGAUGCAACUUGCAAAUAAUGAAUUAAGAUCGCAAACUAAUCAACUGAGAGAACAGUUGAAAACCAGCGAGGAGGAACAAGGCAUGAGACUGAAGCAACUGGUGAAAGAGUUUCAAGCUCAGUUGCAUGAUAAAGAAGAAGAACUUCAAGCCGCAUUGGAGAAACGUUUCGAUCGCCAACACAACUACGAAUCGAAUCUUGUACAGCAAUACAAGGAACAAUUAAAAGAUUGUCAAAUAGAGUUGACAGAGAAGUCUGAACAACUCGAGAGCCUUGUUCUAGAGAAAAAAGAUGUGGUAGCAGAGAAGGGAAAGGAUAUUGAUCGCUUGGUAGAAACCAUCGCGCAGAUUAAAAAGGAACACACUGAUGAAUUAAAAGAAUUAGAGAAAAAGUGGAAGGCUAUAGUGCAGCAGAAAAUCGACAAUCUGCAAGUUAAACACGAGGAUGAAUUGAACGAACUAACAAAAGAGUGGCAGAACGAAAGAAAGCCUGAUGCACAAACUGAUGCAGCUUCCAAGGAAUUGGAAAGUACUUCUCGCGUGGCGAUGGCCGCGAUACACACGAGCACCGGUUCGAUUCACACCUUGCAACAGACUUUGACGUCUCAGAGGCGAGAACUCGCGGAACUCAGGAAAUUGGUCAGUUUGCGACAUGACACAUUAGAAGAUUCGACAGAAAUUGAGUACCUUAGAAAUAUUCUGUUCGAAUACAUGAUGGGAAGAGAGACGAUGGUGCUCGCCAGAGUAAUCGCCGCCGUCGUCAAGUUCGACCAAGAACAGACCGCGAAGAUACUUAAGAAGGAGGAGGAUAAACUAACUCUGUUUGGCUCGUUUGGUCUCUCGUAGUCCGAGAUGUACAAUUUUUCUAUAUAGAAGAAUUCUAUAGACAAUUGAUGCGUUUCUCUGCCCGAGUAUCAUAUGUUUCUAAAGGCCGCUCCCACGAGAGCUUUACCUUCGGUUAUAUAUAUACUUAUAUAUAAAAGAAGAAAAUAAGAAUUUGUACAAAUUAGCAACAAUAUGUAAU